AACCGGUUGUACUGACCAGUCGCGAGCCGAUACACGGCUUACGCGGACGUAUGUUUUAAGAAAAAUAUAUAGAUAAGUAUAACAAAAUGAGUGCAAAAUUUACCCUUUGUGUAGUGCUUGCUUGGUUCAGCUGUGCUUUGGCUUAUCAAAAACAGAGCUGCAGUGACUGCGUCGGCUACCGAUCAUGUGAAGCUGCCGUGGCCCUCCUUAACACGAAGACACCAGCUGCUGAUGAGAAGUUCAAGAGCGGCUUCUGUGGGUUUGAUGCUGGCAAACUGCCGAUGGUAUGUUGUUCCCAACUGUCGACUAAAUCAAUAUCCGACACCGUGGAAAGCGUGGAAAACCACCCCAACCUUCAUUUGCUUCCAGACGCGUGUGGAAAAAUCAACGGGGACAAAAUCAUAGGCGGCCGAACUGCAGGCCUCUACGAGUAUCCAUGGAUGACGCUCAUCUCAUAUAAAACACGAUUGGGACCGCAGUUCGAAUGCGGAGGCAGCCUCAUCAAUGAGCGUUACGUCCUCACCGCGGCUCACUGUAUCGCCAACCUGAAGCUGCUUGGAGUGAGGAUAGGAGAGAACGAUGUGGACACAACUACGGACUGCCAGGGAGAACCUCCCACUCUUACCUGCGAGUCUAAGAUUCAGGAUAUUCGCAUUGAAGAGGCCAUCCCCCACCCAGAAUACCACGGCAAACCCAACGUCAAAAAUGACAUCGGUCUUCUUAGGCUUAAGAAGCCUGUGGACUUAUCAUUCAAGAACGCCGGUAUUAUCUGCUUGCCAGUGUCCAGAGACCUUCAGAGCCGUAACCUGGGUGGUCAACACGCCACCGUCGCUGGCUGGGGAUACACGGAGAAAGGAUAUGUGUCGGCCAAGCUGCUUGCCGUAGACGUGCCAAUACACACUACUGAGUCUUGCCGGGAACUAUACAACAGAGGCCGAAAACCCGGUGAAGAAGACGAGACAAUCAAUAAGCUUUGUGCCGGUGAAAACGGCAAAGACUCCUGUGGUGGCGACUCCGGAGGCCCCCUGAUGGUCAAAGGCGCCUACAGGAGCAGCGGAGAGCGUUUCAUUCAGCAUGGCAUCGUCUCGUAUGGACCCAGGCUCUGUGGUUCCGACUUCCCGGGAGUGUAUACCGAUGUUUCAAAGUAUAUGAAGUGGAUUUUGGACAAUAUUAAGCCCUGAUUGGAAAUCGUAGAUAGUCUUUUGGAGCUGUUUCAGCCGUCUGACAUAAAUAGUUGUAAUUAUAAUUAAAAUCUUCAAUAUCUGCACUAUUAAUGACAGUAAUAUGAUACUCAUUCUCUUUUCUUUAGUCAUCAAUAAUCAAUAUGGUUUUUUUGUUAAGUACCUAGAUAAUGUAAGUUAAAAUUGGAUGUAAAAUAUUUUAUAAUUAUAUUGUAAAUAAAUACUUUUUAAAUG